AUGGCUACCACCGAUGAUUUUUUCGGUUCUGCCUCUACUGAUAUUAACAAGCCAUUUUGUUUUGAGGGUUUGCAUUUUAAGUGUUGGAAACAAAAGAUGCUCUUUUAUCUGACCAUGAAGAAGGUUGCGUUUGUCCUCACUGCUCUGAAGUCGGUCGUCUCUAAACCUUCGACAAACAAGGACAAAGAGACCGAACGCGAAAAGCAACAGAAGGAAUUGGACUCCUGGGUUGAAAACAAUUUCCUCUGUAAGAAUUUUAUUCUUAAUGGUUUAUCUGAUGAUCUUUAUGACUAUUAUAAUUCAGACAAGUCAGCAAAGGAAAUUUGGGAGGUGCUGCAAAAGAAAUAUGAUAUAGAAGAGGUGGGGACUAAAAAAUACGCUGUUAGUCGCUACCUGAAGUAUCAAAUGGUGGACGAUAAAUCUGUGGAGGCCGAAUCUCAUGAAAUUAAGAAAAUCGCGCAUGAGAUUAUCUCAGAAGAGAGUUUGAUCACCCGCCUUCGUAUCGAGGAGGAAGCAAGGAAACAAGACCAGAAAGAAGAGGUGCUUGUUAUCUCUAACAACAACCCCAAGAAUUCUACACCUGCGAUUCUGAAGCCUAAUGGAAAAAAUUUACGAAUCGGAAUCGCAACUCGAAUUCAUUCAAACCGCAACAACCAGAAUACUCCUUGA